GCCUCCAUUUCCUCAACUGUGGAAAAAAUUGGGUUGGGCUUGAUGAUUUCUAUAGUGCCUUCCAGCUUUCAAUUCAUGAUCCUCUAAGGUGGUCACAUUUUGGAGUAGCUGGAUCUACGUACGUACGUCCCAUAACCUUUGUCUCUUGGAUUCGGGGGCCCUCUGUCCUUGGCCACAGGUCUGUCUCUUCCUUUAUCUCCUUCCCUUAUCUCUCUGUGGCUUAUCCUAAUUAAGACACUGUGGGAAGAUGAUCUUGCUUUGUCGAAGAGAAAAAAAUAAAUGCUGGAUUCAGGCUUUUCCUCCCUCCUGUGUGUCUCUGAAACCACUCCUCCCCAAUCCAGUCUUAAUGUGGACUAAAGUCAGCCCUUUGGGGCUGUUUUUUGUGGCUUGGUCACCUUUCUUCCAAAUGAACAGGGUGGAGGGAUUAGGAGAGCAGGAGAAAAAAAGAGAUGAAGGGGGUGGAGGAGCAUGGAGAGGGGAGGGGAAACAAGAUGAAAGGUGUAACUGCUCCUUUCUUCUAGGGGUUUGGAGAUAAUUAGAUAUAUCAAGGCUUGUGGGAAAUGUGGACGCUUUGGGGGUGAGACUUGGAUGCAUCCUCAGCCCUUAGAUGCCUCGGUGUGAGUGUGUGUGUGUGUGUGUGUGUGUGUGCAUGCGCGUGUGUCUGUGCCUGCCUGUGUGUGCUGCUGUUGCUGUCAUCACAGAUGUACCCCCAGCUGUCACUCCAUUGCCCCGGCUCUUUCGCUUGAGCACACGCGUUCUCUCCCUCUCCCUCUCUCGGUUUGUUAUUGACCCAGGAGCCCCAUCCCCCUUGCAUGCUGAAAGCCCGUCAUUCCGCCUGCCCGUGCUGCGUGCUGUGUGCCAGUGUCCUGGUCCUGUGGCAAGGGUGCCGACGGAGGCUGCCGGGUUGGAGAAGACCCCGGGAUCAAGUCUGACUCGGCUCGGAUUUUUCCAGGGCUCCCGGCAAGGUUUCCUUGGAAGGUUUGGCUGUCUGAUCUGAGGAGACUGCAGAACAGUUGGAGGGAGCACCAGUGUGCAGCUGCUGCAGCAUGAACCCCCUAAGCUGAUGAACCUUAUUAUAGAUUUGUUUGCAGAAGACAGCACAUUCCAGUUCACCUCCAAAGAGACAAGGGGAACUAGAGGCUGUCCCUGGGCCACGCCUCUGCCCCCCCCCCCCCUUUCCAGCUGAAGCCCUGGGCAGGGCUGGAUCACUGCCACCUCAAUGCACAUGGACUGACAGGCAGGACAAACAAGGGCUCUCCUGUCUCUAUAGACACCAGGAACCAAGAGAAACUUCAGGGCUCAGCAUCAUGCUGGCACUGGGCAUUGGUCAGUGGUGGAGAAGCAAGCUUUCCCUGAAGUGGAGACAGAUCUCCUGGAUUGCCUGCUGGAUUUCCCUGUAUGCUGCAGAGACUCUCCCCACCUGCCCUUUCUCCUGUAAAUGUGACAGCCGAAGCUUGGAAGUGGAUUGCAGUGGCUUGGGGCUCUCCACGGUGCCUCCAGACGUGCCUGCUGCUACCCGUACCCUUUUACUCUUGAACAACAAGUUGAACAUUCUUCCUAGUUGGGUUUUCUCCAAUCUGUCAAGCCUUCAGAGGCUGGAUCUGUCCAACAACUUCCUGGACCAGCUGCCUCAUGCUGUAUUUGGGGACCUGGUGAACCUCACUGAACUCCAACUUCGCAAUAACAGCAUAAGGACCCUGGACAGGGACCUCCUGCAGCACGCACCCCUCCUUCGACACCUGGACCUGUCCAUCAAUGGCCUGGCGCAACUGCCCCCUGGUGUCUUUGAUGGACUCCUGGCACUACGUUCUCUCUCGCUCCGGUCCAACCGCUUGCAAAACCUUGAUCGGGUGACAUUUGAACCCCUUGUGAGCCUGCAGUUGCUUCAGGUUGGGGACAACCCCUGGGAAUGUGACUGUAACUUGCGAGAGUUCAAGCACUGGAUGGAAUGGUUCUCCUAUCGUGGGGGACGCCUAGACCAGCUGGCCUGUACGAUGCCCAAAGAACUGAGAGGGAAAGACAUGCGAAUGGUUCCCAUGGAGAUGUUCAACUAUUGCUCUCAGCUCGGGGAGAGCAGCUCAGCCGGGUUGGAAGUGUCGGGGCCUCCCUGUACCAAGGCCAGCCUGGAGCCUGUUAAACCCAAGCCCGGGGCCGAGCCAGAACCCGAGCCCAGCACAGCCUGCCCCCAGAAACAGCGGUAUCGGCCGGUCAGUGUCCGUCGGGCCAUCGGGACUGUCAUCAUCGCUGGCGUGGUCUGUGGAAUUGUCUGUAUCAUGAUGGUUGUGGCUGCCGCCUAUGGAUGCAUUUACGCCUCCCUCAUGGCCAAGUAUCACCGGGAGCUGAAGAAGCGCCAGCCGCUGAUGGGUGACCCGGAGGGCGAGCAGGAGGAUCAGAAGCAGAUCUCCUCUGUGGCGUGAGACUUCCCCACCCCAUCUGGCCUCAGGAGGAAGGACCAGGAAAGAAAGUCAGGGACUUUUAGCAAGCCCCUCUCAUAGGCAGCUCUCCGGCAUCCCUUCCUCUCCACCCCGAGAUUCUGUGGUUCGGUUCCCCUCUCAGUCUGAUCACAGAGCACAGCUCGCCUCAGUCCCACCUUCCUCCUCCACCCUUCUAGGCAGAGACCGAACAAGAAGCCUUGGGAUUUCUCUGGAAACUCUCCCGGCUUGCUCCCUCAUCAGACGUUUGUGGGUAUUUCCCAAAGGUUCUGGCUGAUUUAAGAAGACCAGAUCCAGGCAGAGGGGAAGCUUCUGGUGAAGAAGGGAGGCCAUGGGGUUUUUAUCUUCCUCUCAUUCUCUUCCGGGUGAAGCCAUGGCUGUGAUUCUCCCAGCAUUUUUCCUCGAAGAUGCUGGAGGAAUGAAGUCAUGGCGACUGGGGUCAGAGGAAGCUUUCGGCUAAUCCUUCUUGUAGGACUGCAGAGAUAAGGCUGAUUCCAUCUUUUAGGCUCUGGUCACAGCCACAGGAACACACCUACCCGACUCUUAUGAAUACGACAAUGAGUCUAUACCUAUUUCUUAUGCUGCAAAUGUAGUUAUGACCCUUAAAUCUGGUCACCAUCUUCAAACAUUCCCUUCCCUCACUGCCUCUGAAUUCACAAAGACAAACUCACGUACUCAUAGCAAUAUCAACAGAACUAUAUUGAUUUAGGAGUCUCCACACAGGACAGAUUCAUGCAUACACAUUCACACAGAGACAGACACCCGGAAUCUUUGGGUAGCUGAGAUGUCACUUCCCCACAACAGAUAGUCAGCUGUUCAACUGUAGAAUCCCUGCUUACUGCAGCCUUCUACAGCCAAUGGGGAGAGAAACCCAAAUCCAACAGCACAAGGAUUCUUUUGCUAUAUCUGCUAAAGUGGGAUAAAGUAUUGUUUCUGGACCAGAUUGCCUAUCACCAUGGUAACCAGCUCGAACCUAGCAUGUUGGAUAUUCUGGGGACACCUGCCCCAGGGGCUUCCGUAGUACUUGUGGCUGGUGCAAUACUAGGAACUCAGACUCACAUCCCAGAAUACUUAUUCAGUUCAGAGCCCACAUGGAGCAGCGCUGCUAGGUCACAGUUAGGACACUCACUUCUGCAUAUGGCAACCCAGUUUCCCCUCUAGAGUCUGAGUUCUGAGGAGGGAAACUAGUCUGUCUGUUACUUCAUCUGUGCUCCACAGUGUGAUUUUGGGCAGAAGAGCAGAGCUGGAUCAUCCUUGGACAAUGCUGUUUGGCCUGGGGACACCCUUUUGGUGGUAGUGGGGAAACAGGGGCAUGGACUUGGGAGAGUGAGUGUCUGGCAGAGAGAAUGAUGUUCCUCCCGGAAACUCACUGCCAGCCAGAGUGCCCCAGGGGAUAUUCCCCUUAUGAUCCCUUCUGGUGCUUGGAGAUGGGUGUAUUCCUAUUCCAGGCAUAGGUAAGCAUGGAUCCACUGGGGAAUCCAUCUGCUUGGUCCUAUUCCCCAGAGUCUUUAAUUACAACUAAAUUGAGGACCAGAAUCUGAGCCAGGAACCUACAGAUUUGGAUUCUAAAUGUAGCCAAUAGUAAUGGGAUAAAUAAGAUAUAUGUCAUACUAAGAGGUGUGAGUAGAGUUGGAAUGGAAGAGGAGGGUUGUGGAGGAAUUGUGGGAACCCUAAUAUUUCUCCCUGGUUUUCCUCCUCUCCUUUCUUCUUCUUCCUUCUCAUCAUGAAUUUGAUGGCAAGUAAUGUUUUUCAUCAUGCCCUGGGAAUACCUUGAUCUAAUCUUUUUAGAUCAGUGGUUUCCCAAGGAACAUCUGAGGGGCUGGAAGGCACCCAACUGAUUUCUGGUUCUAAUGGGGUGUCUUAGGAGAACAAUAAAGGAAGAACUCCAGCUAAAGCACAGGCAAGAAGAGGGAUGAAGAGAGAUAGAAGGGUAAGACUGGGCUGGUCCUGGCUGCCUUUUAUCCACUCCCCCAACUCUGCAUAUGUAGACCAUUGGGGAAAAAGAAAAGCGACGAGAUGUAAGAUGGGUAUGGUGGAGAAGACAUCUUUGAGAAGGUGCUUCUCCCAAUUAAGCUGGGGAGUGGAUACCACUGGCACAAACUCAACAGGUCAACCCUUCCUUGGGUAAGUGGGCCUUCCCUCUUCUUCAUGGGCUGGCUGUAGACCUGAUUGUUGUUAUUAUUGUUUUUAAUAGGGGUGCAGGGGUGGGGGAGGGGAUUCAAAAUGGUGGUGUCUUCAGCACAAGGCAGGAGAUUUU